UAAUUGUAAAAUGUGUUUUGUUUAGUCUGUUGGCUGAUUCUUUGUUAUUUAUUUGUAAUCCGGGCUAAGGGUGCAGUGUGCUGAGUCUGCGAGGGAGUCGCUCACAGCAAGAAGACAUGGCUUACCGCGCUCUGGCUCUCGUCCUCGCUUCUCUAGUCGCGGUCUCCGUGGCAGAACCGAUUAAAUAUCUGGACUGUGGUUCUGUUGUUGGUAAAAUCAGUUCUGUUGAUGUGAGUCCAUGCCUGAAGCAGCCUUGUGAACUGGUCAAGGGAGAAUCUUACACCGUCAACGUGACCUUCAGCAGUGAUGCAGCAAGUCAGACAAGCAAAGCCAUUGUGCAUGGAGUCAUUGCUGGCGUUCCUGUUCCCUUCCCAAUUCCAAACGAAGAUGGCUGCAAAUCUGGAAUCCAGUGCCCAAUCCAGCAGCAGAAAACCUACAGCUAUAUCAACCAGCUGCCUGUGAAGACAGAGUACCCUUCGCUUAAGCUGGUGGUGGAGUGGGAACUGAGGGAUGACAAUAACAAAGACUACUUCUGCUUCAAGUUUCCAGUCCAGAUCACGAGCUGAGGGUGAAGGGGUGUCUGGUUCUAAUACAUUUGCUGAAAGAUGAUGUCACACUGUAACAAACAAAAGUUUAGAGAACAAAUAAAAGGCUGCUGCGGCCUAAGCAAACAGUGAGUCAUUAACCGGCUGUUUAAUAAUUAACAUACUUGUGAUUAAAAAUGUUGCGCUAUUAGUUUUAUAUUUUAAUUUUUUCCCCCAAAAUAGAUAUUUUUGUCUGGGAAAUUACACUGUACCGUUUCAUAAAUCUGACCUUCUGUACAAUCAGCUGCCAAUUUUACCAUUAGAUAAUUGUCCUGUAAAAUGCUACAUAAUGACAUCUUCUGACUACCGUGUAGCCACAACAGUGAAACAUCCCAGAGAAGCGAGAGACAAAUCAUUUUUUCUAGGUCCAAAUGAAAUAAACUAAUUUGCUGCUCUGAGAUUUUUCUAUUAAACAUGAAUCAGUUUUGCACAAGCUUAUGGAGCUUCAGUACAUGUCUGUCAGAACUGCUAAAGUUGUUCUUUUUUGCCUUUCAAAUCCAGUGUUUUUAUAUAAACCCAU